AGAAAACAAGGAUGUACGGAAAUGGCCGCGUUAACGUUAACGCCCUUCUUCUGCUUUGGAUUCCUUUGUGUCCUUGUGUUUGUGUCCGCAGAUCAGAAAAUCAUCACAGCUGAAUCUGGACAGAACGUCACUCUGACAUGUCGUGCUCUAAAUUACAACAUCAUAGUUGUAGAGUGGAGCAGAGCUGCAGUAGAUAAAGAAUAUGUCUUUUUGUAUCGUGAUGGGCAGUUCGUUUCUGAACAGCAGCAUCCAUCCUUCAAGAACCGGGUGGAUCUGCAGGACAGACAGAUGAAGGAUGGAGACGUGUCUGUGAUCCUGAAGGAUGUGACGAUUAAUGAUGAGGGAACAUACGAGUGUCGCGUCAUCCAGAGAGGGAGCAGGAGUUUGAACCUCAUCAGCACCAUCACCCUGAGAGUUGUUGCUCCUCCAGGUCCAGGAGGAGGAACCACAGAGGAUGGAGCACCUGUUGGUCUGAUCAUUGGUCUCUCAGUUUCUGCUCUGUUUCUUGUUGCUGCUGCUGUUGGUUUUCUGAUCUAUAGGAAAAGGCACCAAGUUAAAAUGCCUCAGACUGUUGUGUAGCUGAACUGUGAGUCGCUUUGUGUUGUUACAAUUGUCAGUGUUUCAGCUGGAGCUGAAUCAGCCUGAAUAUCAGAUCAGUCUAAAUCAGCUACUUUGAACCAGCCUGAGGAUUGACUGUAUUUUGUGCUACAUUUCAUAUUCAUUUAAAUAUUAGGAUCAUCUUUACAUUUCUUCUCCUGUGAGUGCAAAGUCUGACAGUCCUGCAGUAAAAUCCACUACUUCAUGAUCCAUAUUUCAAACACGGAAAAUGUGUGAAUAUUUAUAAACAUUUCAACUGCAGCCAUAACAUAUCAGUUUCAGGCUGUAAUUAAUCUGGUGUUAUUGUUUGUAUAUUGUAUAUUUGUAUAUCUCUGUGUACUUUUUUCAGUGCCUCCAAGAACUACAGUGUGCAAUGAGAUGUGUGGUCAAGAAAAACUGUUACAUAAAUCCAUUAAUUUAAUGAGCUCCUUCUUAUAUUAUCUAACAGCUGAGUGACACAUUAUUAUGAUUGUAACAUGAAACCAAGGACAAAAAUCAUCUCAUGCAGCUGCAGUCAGAUGUUUCCUCUGAAGCUUUAUUGAACUUUAUCUUCCAACUCUUCAAUCUGUUACUGUAGGUUAAACAUUUCAACAGCUGGUCAGAAAGUCUUGCUUUAUUUCAUUUCACCUUUAAUGUGAAUGUAUUUAUUGUGGAUUAAUAAAAUUUUUCUUG